GCCUAUUCCUGGAUGUAAACACUUGAUUUAGCACAACAUCAGCUAGGCUAGCCACAGGCCUGUCUGGAGCUUUACACUCGCAGCGCGGGAGCUGAGCGAGCACGCAGGAGCUGAAGCCUCAUCUCUGCACAAACAAACAGCAAGUAUUUACCUGUGAUACAGGCGUUCACUGCCGUUGGCUUCUGGGCGGUUACCACGUAGUUGUACGACAUUUUUGACGACAGUAAAAUACAAACACCAGAGAAGUGUUUCAAUCCCACUAAACUGACAAAAUCAUUGAUAGUAUAACUCCCGGAAGAAGUUAGCCGAGCCGUUUAGAGCAGCGCAAGUUGACGAUAACACUAAAGAGGUGGGAGUUUUACUUAGAGCGCCCCCCUGUGAUACGGAGGUCAGCUGCUCUGACCGGGCUUCUUUUUAGACUUAUUGUCCCUUUAGUCUCUGUUUUACUUAUAAUAUUUUCUUAUUUAACCUUUAAGGCCUUUUAUUUAUUUAAUUUAAUCAAUUAAUUUAUUUAUUUAUUUUUAUUUGUUCUUCUCAUUUAUGUUGUUCCAUUUUAUCAUUAAUAUUACCAUCAAUAUUAUUUAAUUAUGAUUUUAUAAUUAUUAUGAAUACUGUCUUUUUAUAUUUAAUAUCCUGUUUUCUGCUUUCAACACCCUUUUUUAUUACAUGUCUUCUUCUUACCUAUUUUAUGUUUUUAUUUUGGUCCUCAUGGUCUCCUUUUAUGUUGUAGGGUUCUCGUAUUGUUUGGGUUUCCUAUUAACCUAUUUCCUUGGUAAUUGUAGAUGCUUCAUUUAUUCAAACCCCUAAGAGGUGGUCGUCCAAAAUGCACGUGAUGCUUAAGUUUACAGUACAACUACACAGCAAAUACUGAUCCAAGUUUAGCAAUAUUUCUUGUGAAAAUAGUGACCCCUGCUGCCCCUCUGGUUGUACUACAGUGCACAAAAGAUAGUUAAAGGCAUGAAGGCAAUAACAGGCUGCAAGGAGAAAUUCUGAAGUCGAGAUAAAAGAUUACAUUAUUUUUGUAAUCUUUUAAAUAACUGCGGGUCUGCUAGACUAGGACAAAUAAAAAAAUAUAGAGAGAGAGUUAUAGUUUUUACAGACUGUACGUGAACGCCUCCCUAUGUUUAACACGUUUCCAUGGAAACAGCUCGCACGGCUCACGAACAAGUAUCAACGGCCGAAACUAAGACAGAGUCUGUGCACAUUUCUUGAUUUUUGCCAAGGUUAAGUGAUUUACACGAUGGAGACGCUUGAGAGUCGAGGAGGAACAGACAUGGAGAUAAAAAUAACCGUCAGCCGUGGAAAUAGUCCGGUAAACUCUUUUGUAGUCAUCUACCGUGAGUAGGCUACAGUGGAAUUAUGAACAUACAACACAUGCGAGGUUCCUGCCUAUGAACCUCAAGUAGACUUUACUUAAUUUGUUAAAAUAAAUAUAACUUAAAACUUGGAUGUAAUUAAGUAAAUGUUACUAAAUAUCUUCACAACUGUUCUGUUUUAUGGAAAGUAAAAUUUACUUGAUACUGGCAAGUAAGUGUUACUUGAUAUUGCAGCAUUGAUCAGCAGUAAAUCUAAUCAGUUAAUUUUUUCAGUGUACACAGGGAAAACAGCUGGCUUGCAGGUGACAAGGUGGGAAAAAUAAGUGCAUGUCACUGUGGUAGGCAAGAAAAUAACAGUGGAAGUAAUAAAGGUGGGCAAAAAGCUCAAAUUGAACUAUACAUGCUGCACUUAAACCAUGAAAGGCACAAUAACUCUGUGAAGACCAGCAGCCAGAGCUGUGUUCUUGUGAGGUUUGAUUGCAGACUGCAGACUUUUGACCUCUGACUGAGACAGAGGAGGCAAAAAGUUGUCCACAUUCACACAAAAGAUCUUACAGUGAAGAAAAAUAGACUCCCACAUGCAGACUGAUGUCACACUGGAGAGACAUUGGCACAUUCUUUUGCAUGAAUUUGGUGAAUUGCCAUCUUUACUCCUCUAUUAUUAUCUCUCAUCCUACAUAGGUGUUAUGGUUAGACGAGAAAAAAUGAGCAGAUAUCAUGCCAAGUGCCUGAUAUCAGUGAAAAUGAACUUCAUUUUUUUCCCAAUUUAGCUGUCUAGAAUAAAUAAAAGAAAUGGUCCAGUGCCAGGCUCGCAGAUACCAUGUAGAUGAUGGUGACCAUCAAAUCCUUCUUAUUCUGUAUCAACCUUAUUCACUGACUUUUUUAUUUUUAUUUUUUUGUAUUUUCAGCAAGGAGAAAAGGAGGACAUCUUCCAGAGUUUUCUCCAGGCUGAAGUAGAUGGAAAUGUGCUGGGGCAGUCAGACCAGAAGCAGUUCAAUCCUGUGGAGGAGUGUGUUGAUUACAACUUCACCUGCAGUUUUUACUGCCCCAGUGAUGCUCAGGCACUCAGUAACAUUGCCCAGAAACCAAUCAUUUGUAAGCCAAGUUAAAAUAUUAUUUUUCCUCUGUUAUCUGAUGCAAUAGACUGUUCAGCAUCAUGUUUUUGAAUUUGUAGCUAAUAUCUUUUAAUGCACUGAUAUGAAUGGUUUUGUGCAAUCAGUGACUGUGACAAAGAUCCUACCCGAGGACAAGAAAAGUAAAGUGAAGACAGAGGUGCUGGGCCAAGCUGUGGUUGACCUGUUUCCAUUGUUACAAGGUAAAGUUUCCCCCUUUUAAAAAACAAACCUUUUGUAAUAUUGUCAUGAAAACUUUACUAAUUUAUCACCCUAAGACAUUGCUUCAUGAGAAGACAUGAACUUUAAAGAGUUUGGACUGUUGAUUCUUUCUCCUUUCCAUAGGUCAGUCUAGCUUCUUGUGCACAGUCCCACUGAAUCCAAUGACCAGCUCAACAGCCAAGGUAAGAAUGUUAAGUGCAAAAGGUUUGCAUUAAAAACACACCAUUACAAAGUCGAAAGAAAUUAAGUUAUCUGCUCUUAAUUUAACAUUGUGUUUUUCCCUAAAUCCCUUACCAAUGUUUACUUGAUUACCAGCUUUACCAAUUGAGCAGCUGCUCAAGGGUGCCAGCCCCCCAAAGCUGAGCUGGUAUAUUACUUUACUGCAUAUUUAUGGCGCAGGAAUUCCAGCUUAAAGUAUAUUAAAAGUAAAAAAUAAAACUCAUCCCAAUGUGGAAGUAUCAGCUGAUUUUUGGCUAUGUUACACAAAGGGCACAAAGCUCAUAGUAAAAUCAUUUUUAAUUAUUACAGUAAGGGUCCAUCUGCAAAUUUGUUCUCUGUUAGCUCACUACCCUUUGUAAGUGCAACAAUUCAACACAAAUUGCUGCUUUUCCCUGCUGGAUUAGAAUUUGGAAAACCUUUCACUGCUCUUUGAGGAUUGAAAUAUGAUUUAAUUUAAGAUUUGGGUAGUAAGACAAUAUCAGUGAAAUACAGUAGUAGAGUUCUGUAAACCUGUGGAGCUUUUGCUAUGGCAUGACCUCACAGUAUACUGGAUAUCAUAUUUAUCUCAGCAUUAGCUAAAUCAUUAAUGUUUAGUCUUUUCGUCAAGUUUCCUUGAUAUUAAUUCCCAAUACACACACAGUCUUUGUAUUUUUGUAGUAAAAUUAUCAAUAUGUACCAUCAUAAAAAGCUGAGUUCCUAUCAUCAACCCUGCACAGUUUUCUGAAGACUGUUCCAAAACAAACAUGGGAAAAAUGUAGUCAGUAUUGUACUCCUAGUGAUGACCCUUGCUGUGUCUUAACAAAGCCAUGAUGAACUGAAACCUUUAGUCUGAAAGAGAGAUACUCUAUAUUCCCGUCAAUUGCUUCAAAUUUAAGUUUCAAAAUCAAACAUGAUUUCUUGAUAUUUUUUCCCCCCAUUUAGCUGAUGAGCCUGGAUGUACAUGUCAGUGUGCAAGAGCCAGUGUUGUCUGAAGCUGAACUCUCAGCCUCCAACCUGCUGAGGGUAACUGUGGAGACAGCCUACUCUGUCCCUGAGGCAUGGCUGCAGCAAACAGGCCCUACCCCUUGCACACACACUGCAGCCCUAGAGGUCCCUCUUACAGCUCAGGUAAGUGUUUGUGUGUUUCAUGUGGCUACUCAAUGAUAUUUAAAUUAACAUAACCACCUGGCACUGACUAUUUUAAACUCCUUGGAUUUGCUGUUCAAGGUAAGUUUAGCUUUGUGGAAAAGAGCAGGGAAAUUUUUAACUCUAAAUGAUCUAAGAUCUUUAAGCUAUGGAGUGAUAUCAAAAAUGUUUAAUAGGGAAAAAAUCCUUACUUAAUUUUCUAAGCUGAAGGGUUUUAUCAACCAGGACUCUAUUAUUCUUCUGACUUCUAGCAAGAUCAGGUGCUGGUCUUCUCUGAAGGGCAGCUGAAAGUGGGAGGCCUGAGGGAAGAAUGGAGAAGACAGAAGAAAAGACCCAAUCACGCCCUGCUGGCCCCUGGGAACCACUUUCUUCCUGGUGCUUUUAUUCAGGAAGAGCCUGCAGAAACAGAGGCCGGCGAGCUGACUGGUAUAGAGGUACUGUAAUUGCAAUACUCCCACCUGCUGCCAGUUUUUAGCAAGUACAUUUAUCAGUUUUGAAGUAUAGCACUUGACCGUUCUUUAUAUCAACACUGUAAAUGAAAACAUGUUAGAGGGGGGGUGUUUUAUGGGUACUUCUCAUGUGACAGAUUUGAUUAAAUUGUGACUAACUAUUUCAUGUUUCAAUAAUCAGUUAAUGUUUACUGCGUGUCUAACUAGUUCAAAAUCACUGUGUACAAUGAGUAAAUGAACUAAUCACAGAGGCAAAGUCUGAAUAUUUCUUUAGGACUCUGAGUUUCGUGUUGAGGCGGAGACCAUGAAACACAGGGUUAGCUGGGACACAGAGAUAUGCUGCUUCCUGGAUGAAGGAGGGACAGCCAGGUCAGCCACACGACUCUCUCCUCCAUGCAAUCAGCUAUCAUGCUCAUAGUUAGAUAUGGCUUUUAAGGGAUCAUUUUCAAAAGUUAAAAUCUAUUAAGUGUUUUUAAAGACUACCUCUGGAAUUUUAAAAUUUCUAGAAAUACCACUCUUUGAGAUCAUUGCAUGGUCUUCAGGAAAACCAGGAAAUUACACUGUUGCCAAAUCAGAAUAACAUUGACAUUGGCUGUAAUUACAGGCUGCGGCAGAGAAUCACUCAGUGCAGACUUUGGCCUGUAGAGAUCAUGAGGUCUUCGGUCCCACUGGCAAAGGUUGCAAAAAGCCCGCAGGUAAGACAGUUCAGUUAUUACACCAGAGAUUCAGAAAUGUUCUCCUCCCCUCUCUAUUGUGUUGACUCUAAAUUAUAACCUCUGUUUCCAGAAACAUGUUGUACGGAUAGAAAUUUAACAGUAUACAGGCCUAUCAGUGUAUGCAUGUGUAAGUGUAUGUCUGUGUUUAGCCAGGUGAGGAGGACCCAGAGAUCCCUUUUCAUGGCAUGGCGUUUGUAGACAUGGGGCAGCUGCUAUAUGCUGGAGUUAGCCGCAUCAGAGGAGCAUACAGCAUUGAGCCUUUCUCCGAAGUGAAGCUGCAGAACAAGGUCCCCCAAAAAUACACAUAGAUGACUCAGUUGCUGUCAUUUUUGUUUAUUUGUUUAUUUUAUGAGCAUACAUAUAGUUCUUGAUCUUGAUUUUUUAAGUUAAGAACAUUUAGCUGAGUGUUUUAGAGAAACCCUUUAAAAAGUAUGUCGGAUCACUUAAGUCAAAUCUGGUGAAAUGAUUACCUUAAUUUCCAUUUCUGUGAGUCUAGUUCAGAGAAUUCAGAGAUCAGUAAUGGGAUGUAUUCUGUACAACCCCAUUAAGUAUACUCAAAAGUAUACUCUGUUGUUCUUGAUGUUCUUGAGUUCUGAUAAUGUGUGUAUUUUGAUAAGUUUGAAGGUGUAAAACCCCCUAUGCCAGCUCAAAUUAAAGAGUAUACAGUAUCUUCACACCCUUAAAGGUGAAGUGGAAGUCAGUGAACAACUAUUACAUGUGCUGAAUGUAGUUUAAUUCCCAUUGACACAGCGUUCACACAGCCAGGACACACACAGACAAGGGUAGCUAAACUUAAUUCUAAUACUAAAUUAAACUGUUUAAGUCUCUUGCCUUAUACUUGAAGGCCAAGCAGAGUGUCAGCGUGUUAAAGGAGCAGGUCAAGGCUGCAGCCAAUCUGGCUCGAUCUCGUGCCAGCUCAUCUGCAGGCUCUCACAAGUCUAAGGCAGGAAGAAACCAAGAUAGAGGCAACAAAGGAGCCAAGGAUUCCAAGGGUCAAGCCAAAAAUGUCAGUAUGGUCACAUUCUUCGUCAUUAAUUUUACAUUGAUGUUCAUUAACAGAAUUUACAGGUUGAAUCAUAACAGAGAACUGUGAAAGAGCUUUUGUAAGAUUCCUCAUACAAAACUUAUUCAUGUGGGCUUUUGCUCAAGCUUUUGCUUCCUUCAAACUGUAAUCAAGGAAGUUUCAGGCAGUGUUUGUUGGGUUUGACCAUCAGGUUACCUGUUUUCAUGUUUGCAGGUACCUAGAAAUAAGAGCAGGACGGAUGGAGUGGGCAGCAUAACCCACAGCCCCACUGAAACUGAGCCAGUCAUCAAUUUAGAGGGAAAUGUAAGCUUCUACUGAAUAAAGACACAAUUCCAUACAGCAAGAUGAACUCAAACCUACAACAUAGGUCAUGCAAAUUUUUUUUCCAGAUGUAUUUAGGGGCCAGAACUUAUAUUAUCAUCGAGGUAGCCUUGGAAAAACCAUUGGUACCAAAAACAUCACCAGAGGAGCUAGCUCGGAGGUAAUGUGUUUUAUAAGUCCUGUGUCAUAUUGUUACAGCAUUUGCUAGAUUCUAGAACCUGUCAAAAAUGUUAGUAAAAUUGUUUUCUAAAGUCAGAGUCCUUAUCAUAAAUUGCUGCUUAUUCUAGUGGGGAUUUUCACACCCGACUGUGUUCAGGUCUUUUACAUUUGGUCAUUGUCUGUUGGGUUUUCCACUGAUAGUGGAGCAACAAUGAAUGAGAAAUUGUGUGUUUAUUUUUCUGCAGAGUGAAGGCAUUGAUCCCACCCAAGCCUCAACCAGUUCCCAGCAGAGCUGAGAGGGUAAAUUACAGACACAGAUCUAUUCAUACAGUACAUACUUAGAUAAACAAAGAAGAGGAACUACAUACAAGAGGAAAGUUGCUUACUCCUGACUCUCACUGUGUCUAUUAAUGCUUUCAGGCAGUGUUGGACUUCCACAGACAGGUUGGCAACGUGGUAAACCAUGUUUCAAACCAGUAUAACGAAUUGUUUGGAACGACCCCGCCAUCGGAAGCCUGUAGCCAAGAGCAAAUGAUGGCUCAGCUGAUGGCAUCCCUCAAUGUAUCUGGGAGAUACUUUGCCUUAAAGGAACAGAUGAAGGUCAGACAAAUUGCAGAUCUCUAGUGGAGAGAUCUCUGAUCCAAUUUUUAGAGAAAAUCUUCAACACCGUAGCUUUUUUCAUUCUUGGGGUGUCAGCUGCUCUGUCACUGUUUGACCACUGAACAGUGUUUACUUGUUUUUAUUGUUUAGCCUGCAGUGGUGAGGAUUGUACGUGAUAAAAUGCAGCAGACAGAGCCAUUCAGCGACCCUCAGCAGCUCAGGGCCUUUGUCAGCAAGCUUUAUGUCUACCUGGUGGAUGAAACAAAGAAUGCUCUAAGCAAGGUAAAGCACAAACAAAUCUACCCACAUACGCAUGCAUUGUACACAGCCCACAAGAGCCUUUAUUUUAUAUGCUCUGCUUUUUACCAGAUUUACUCAGAUGACAUUGAUGAUGACUCCCAGGAUGACAUCCAGCUGAGUCCUUCUCAGCUCAGACAUUUUGCCAGAGAGGCUCAGCUUACUGGGGAUUAUCAGCAGGCGGCUCACUUCUACCAAGAGGUACAGUAACAUGCCUGCCUUUCCUAAUACUUCUGCUCUUCACUCAAUGUAAAUGGGCAAAAGUUUGUUUCAAGUUUUUCAGACUCUCCAAACACAAAAUCUUCAAUUUAUUCUUAUUUUCCAAACAUAGGGAUAAAAAUUCAAACCUUAUUGUAACCCUUGUAGUUUGCCUGUGGUUGGUAAAAAACUGAAAGUAGUUACUGAUAUUUUACAUGUUUUCUUACAGUUAGUGGUGAAGCACCCUCGUGAACCCUUAUAUAAAUUUGAUUGGGGAAGGCUCUUCAUGGAGACUAGAGACUAUAUAAAAGCCGAGGAGUGUUUCCAUGAUGCAGUCUCCGUCCAGCAGACACAUCAGCCCAGGUUAGAAAUGUUCCAAUUACACUAAAAAACCAAAGUUUCAGCACAAUAUCCAACAUAAGUUGAAAAGAAGGAACGAGGGAGAAUUGCUUUCAAGAACAAAAAUGAGCUCAGAGUAGCGUGUGUUGAUUGUAUAUCAGAAUGAUUAUUUAUCCAGAAUAAAUGAAUUGAAAGAUGAAACAAAACACAACAGAUCCAUGUGAUGCUCAAGAUCACGACUAAGAGACAAAGCAGCAUGAUCAAUGGUUGAACUCACCUCCUUGUUUGAUGCAGUAUGAGACUAUAACUUUGUGUCAAAGCGAGUUUAAAUAGAAAAGGUUGGAACUUGUGGAAUCCGUUGAGUUAUCUGUGUCUUGUAUCUCUAGCCUGAUGAUGUGCGGGGUGUUGGCAGCAAUGUAUGAGAAAUAUGAAGAGGCCCGAACCUUCUUGGAGCGAGCCACUAGCAUAGACCCACCAAAUGUGGUAGCCUGGACGCUGCUGGGUAGGAUGAAGAUAUCAUGUGAAAUGAACCCUAACAACACAAUUUAAGUGUAAAUAAAGUUAAGCAGACGAGAUGCAUGCUGGGAAUAGUAAUUUCUUAUUUCACAUUACUGAUUCUGCUGUCUAGGUUUGAUUUAUGAAAGCCAGAAUGAUUCCAUCUCUGCUGAGUGGGCGUUUCUUGAAGCGGAAAAGCGGCUAAAGGCAAAUGAAUCAGAGAAACAAACACAGGUGGAAGAGACGAACAAAGACAAGAAGGAGGAAAAGAGGGACAAGCUUGAGGAUGUAGAGGUAGCCAUGUCUGCUACUCCUGAGCAAGGUAAGAUGCUGUUGAGAUAAGAAAAGGGGGAGUACCCCGUCUCUCCAUGUGAAUAUAAUUCCAAGUAUGUGGAAAUGGGAUAAAUGCAUUUGAAGAUUAAACAUUGUCUUGAAGACAAUGUUCUUUUUUUUCUUGGGGGGUUGGUUUGGUUCAGCAGUUAGUGAUUACUCGUGUACAGAUGCUAUUGUUUGAAUAUGACAAGUUCUCAAAUGUAAGUAGGUUAUUGUUUUUGCUCCUAUUCUUCUGUCACCUAAUUCUUGUACUCUGCAGGCAAGAAUAGCCAGGGAAAGACUUAGCUAAUUCCUUUUUUGUUGCAUGUUUGGUGACACUCUCAGUUUACUUAAGUCAGUGGCAAAUUUGGAUCCUUGGUGCAGCCAGUGUAACCUCACAAUUUUAUGGUCAUGUAUUCCUAGACCCAGCAUGUGGAAACAAGGGCUCUGGGGUGCCAGAACAGCCUCUAACACAGAGCGUCAUGCCCAGAAAAGCCCAAGCUGAACUGUCCUCCACCAUUUUCACAGAAACAGUUCAGUUUUUGCUGCAGAACUAUGCCCUGCAGGUAAAACACACUUAGUUAUUGACCUCUAAUGCUGGACACACAGUGGUAAAAUAUGACGUUCAAAAUCUACAAAUUAAAGUGCUUCUGUUGUGUCAUUUUGUGAAUCGUACUUGAUGUAACUGUGGAGCAAUGGUGAUUUAUGAUUUAUUAAGUUAAUUAUGUUUGAAAUGUCUGUAAAUGUCAUUUACAUGGAAAGCUUUUCUUGGGCAAUAUAAUGAAAAAACAAACAAACAUAAACUUGGUUUUAUUUUCUAGUACAGCCAAAGCCAGUAUGUAAACUUUUUGAUUCUCUAUAUUUAUUUUUAUUGGUAAAAUCUUGAUUGUCUGAAUCAAAAAAUAUUAGGCUGUAAAAUGUCAUCAAAGAUGAAACUAAAAAUGUUAUCAACAGUCACUCUGUUUUGUUGUCAGAUGGUGGAGCGAGCUCUGUCCCAGGAGCUGCUGUGCUCAGAUGGAGGUCAUACUUUCUCUUACCUUCUUCAUUUGGCCCAGUGGCAGAUGCUUAGUGCUGACUACUGCAGUGCCACAGCCAGCCUGGGGGAGGCACUGUCUCACAAAGACCAGGUACUUACAUUCCCUGCUCCUGGCAGCACCACUGAAUAAUGUACUGGUGAAAAAUGUGCCACAGUCCUCUGCUUCUGCUCUGCUCUGUUAUGGUCCCUUCUGAUCCCUGAUCUAAGAGGUCUUAUACUCUGCCUUGUAUGCAGGAUGCAGAUGCCUGGGCUCUGAUUGGUCACUGUCACUACCUGCGGGGGUCAUUCACAGAUGCCAUGGAGAGCUACGAGUGUAGUCUGAACCUCCUCAAGCAGCCGUCUGACUCUCAUGUUGUGCUCCUGCGCCUCGGUUCCAUAUACCUUCAGCAGAAGAAGGUCAGAUAUUGAGACAAGCUGAAAAGUUGUCCCAUCAGUCAGAUGGUUUGAGAUGAGUAUUUUGUCUGUUCAUGAGCCAGCAGAAGAGGCUUAUGGGGUUUGUCACCAGGAAAGACCACACUGUUUUCAGGAAACCAGACAGUUAUUGGAGUUAUUCUUUUGGUUUUAAAGAUAAAGCUCAUUUUUAUACCCUUGAUUAAAUUAUAUAAACUAAAACUCUACUGUGUAACUGAAACUCUGAUCUUUGGGGUUUAAUUUUUAGUUCGAUCAAGCCAGAGCUGUGUACCUGCAGGCUUGUGAACAGUCUCCAUCUUGCCUGACCUGGUUGGGCCUGGGCACCUCCUGUUACCGGGUAAAUCCAUCUUUCAUUUCUACACAGAUAAUGAGAAUGAUGGUUGAGUUUUAUGACAGAACCGUGUUAGAGAACCAUUUAAUUAUUUUCUUGGGUUGUUUUCUUUUCUUCCUCCCUUAAUCUUGGAUGUAUUGUUUAGUUAGUCAGCAAGUUUCAUGUAAGAAAGUCUUAGGCUGUUCACACCACAGAUUACAUUUGACUUAGAAGAAGUCAGCCUGGGUUUAAGUGCUUGUGUGAUUUUGCAUGUGUGUCUGUCUGUGUAGCUGGAGGAGUUUAGUGUCGCCGAGGAAGCUCUGACUGAGGCCAACCAUUUGAACAUCCAGAACUCAGAGGUGUGGGCUUACCUGUCUCUGACCUGCCUGAGGGUGAGUGAUGAUGAUGAUUCUCUCCAACACACGCAUCCAUUGUUUGAGACAAAGGCAAAUAAUGCAUCACUUUUUCAUUUUGUUCGUCUGGAUUUUCUUCCCAGAAAUACAAGGACCUAAAUAAUUUUGCAAUGAACCUUGUAUUUUAGGCUGGCCGACAAGAAGAGGCGCAGCGGUGCCAUAAAUAUGCUGUAAGGGUGAGUAAGUCUGUGUUUUUCCCAUCUAUCAUAGUCAUCUUAGAACAGGGCCUCUGUGAGACCUGGAUGGCAUGGAGUGCAUCUGAUUUUAAUACCAGGCUAGCCAUCAUUUGUGUGUGUAAUAAGUGGUAGAUUUAUUUAUUUUUCACUGUAUAUAUGUAUGUUUUUCUUUUUUAUUGUCAUACAAGCUAACAUCUUGAUCACAGAUUUUGUCUCAUAUAAAAUUUCCCCCUUUUGAUAUACAGUUCAACCUGCAGGACGAGUCACUCCUGAAAGAGUUCAGUGACCUGAAGGAUCAACUCCGCUUCGAUCAUCUGAAUUAUCUGUAGUCUUACUUUGCAUCAACCAAAGUAAGACUUGGAGGCACAGAUUUCAAUUAUUUAUGUUAGUAUGUUUCUGAAGAACAAACACAACAAGUCCAUAUUUCCAAGAUUUGAGGACAUUUUAUUGUAUUUAAUGUGUUUAUAUGAUCAAUUGUUCCGACAAUAAAACUCAGUCAGCUCGA